AUGAAUAUAUCGCCAAAACAGGCCUUAAAGGAUUCGUUGAAAAGUGGAAAUUAUUCCGAUAUAAUUAUCGUUUGCGGCCACGAUACCUAUUAUAUCCACAAAGCGAUUAUGUACCCGCGUUCGAAAUAUUUCGAAACCGUUUUCAAAGCGGAUAUGCAGGAGAACCGCACAUCUUGCGUAAACCUGUCCGACUAUAACCCAGAUGCAAUUAAAUUUAUAAUCGAUUUUUUCUAUUUUACGGAUUAUGAACCUUUGCACAAAACCGCAGCUUGGGGAUUCGAAAUUAAGAAAAAACCUACAAAUUUCGAAUUUUUUGCCGCUGCAGUUGUCGAACCGGAAGAUAUUACAGCCGAACGCGGGGAUCUUCCAACAAAACCCGAGGUUUAUAAUCCUUUGGAAAAACGCAAAUUAAUCGCCAUAAACGAACCAGCGAGCUUACCAACCGAAAACCCUAAUUCGGAGCCCAUUAGCUUUGCCGAAUCGCUGUUUAACAAAGCUUUCCUUUUUACGCACUGCCACGUUUACGUUUUGGCCGAGUAUUUGCAAAUCGGCGAUUUUAAGGUUUUAGCGGCGGGUAAGUUUCGCGCCGAGGCCGAAAAGCGAUGGAAUUACCCAAACUUUUUCGAAACGGUGCAGGAGGUUUACCGAACGUCGGUCCGCAGCGACAGGCUCCUGCGCGACGUCGUGGUUAAUGUUAUGAAGCGACGUAAGGAGUUAUUGGAUCGGUUUAAAUACCAGGAUGUUGUCAGCCAGUUUAAUUUGGUUUUUAAGCUAUUUAUAGCGGUUAAAACUAGGGAGUGGGGUUGA